AUGGUGACAAAGAAGGUUCGAACGUUCUGGUGGCGCCCCAUAACCUCCCUUCCUCCCACACGCCACCCCCCUCCUCCCUCCCACUUCUUCCCUGCUGUCUUUCUCUCUCUUUUUCCCCGAAACUCUCUUCCCAACACCCAGACGCUUCAGGAAGACCCCCUCAAGUGUUCUGACAGCGAGGAGGUCAUUCCUUCCCUCCACACCACCCCUCCCCCUCCCAUUGCCUUUCCCGGGACCCCCCACCACCCGAAGGCCCCAACAGCAAGCUUUCACGUGGCUGUGGGAGUGCUGGGUAGAGGUGCCUACAGGUGCCUAGAGUUGGAGGUGCCUACAGGUGGCAGUUGCCUACAGUUGCAGGUGCUACAGUUGCGGUGCCUACAGGUGCGGUGCCUACAGGUGCAGGUGCCAACAGGUGCAGGUGCUACAGCAGCAGGGCCUACAGGUGCAGGUGCUACAGGUGCAGGUGCCUCAGUGCAGGUGCCUACAGGUGCAGGUGCCUACGUGCAGGUGCUACAGGCAAAGGUGAGUGCAGGUUAG